AUGUUGAAACUUAAUAAAAUGUCAACUAUCUAAAUUUUAAUAAUAAGUUGCUUAAAGUAUUGUAAGCAUUAUAACUAUAAAAAUAUAAUUAAUACUUAAAAUUUAAAGAUAUUAUUAGCUUUAAUGCCAUAAUUACUAUAAAUAGGCUUAGAUAGAAGAAUAAAAUUUUAGGUGGAGAUUAUCUGUUGCAGUAAAUAAAAGGUAUUUAUUGUGGAUCCAGUUUCGUAUUAGUUAAUAAGUAAAGAAAUCAAACGCAAAAGUACAAAAAUUUAGAGCUAAGAAAGAAUGAAGGAAUAAUAUUAAAUUUAAAGAAAAUUCGAAAAAUUUAAAUCAUAUAAUGAAUUUCUUACCAUCAAAGAAGAGAGCGAUGACUCAAGUAAGAUAAAGAAUAUAUGA